AACGCUGUUCUCUCAGCUCCAAUCAGCCAGUUCGCUCGCAGUCUGGGGCCUUGCCGCACUCCUUUCUAGAGGGCUCUCACUUCCUCUAUUUUUGAGCGUCUCCCUAGGUGGUCUGAGCCUCAUGUCGCUCAGAAAACCACUGGUCGAGUGGGCAGGGUUUCUGUAUGCGAAGGGCGACUUUAGAUCUGUCUUGUGCAUGCUGGUCUGCUCUAUAGUCCUCAUAGUGCUCGCCUAUCUCACGAACCCAUCGGAAAACUCGUUUCGGGCCUAUCUUACUGAACAAUCUUUUCGCUACCAUCUGAGCCGUCUCGACGAUACUGCAGACGAUCCGGACGGGCGUGACAAGUCGAGCUCAUCUCAGAGGCGAGACCACUCGACUUCUUCUCUCACAGUUCCUUUCGAUCAUGAUUCCCCCUUUCACUUCGCCAAUCGCGCAUCAGUUUCGCUCCGCACUCCCAAGCAUGUGUUCCACAGCUUCGGUAUCUUCACCGUUGCUGCGAUUGUUCCUUCGCGCGCGGAUCGCUCGCGAAAUGACAGGGAUCCCAGCGCCGUUAUGCAAUCCUGGUUCUUUGGGGCUUUCGGUCUUCCAUUCUCUACCAAAGGUCUUCCCGUCUCCCGGUCACCUCCAAAGCUGAGAAACCGAGACAAAUUGUCUCAGCGUUUACCUGCUCGCAGCUCGACACCGCCACCGCUCCCGAAAUCGGCUUCUUUACCACUGCACACACCCCGACUCAGUCCCUCAGACCGCCAGAACCUGUCACAAGUGACCUUGUCGCCUGAUCAGAAGCGAGUGGGGGCUCCCUCUUUGUCACGGUCGCCUUCUACUCUGUUCGACCAGUCUCCCCUCAUUGCGGAGGUGCUACAACAGAUCACGACAUCGAAAGCAUCCGUUCUUGAACUCCGUACACAACUAGCCGACUUCCAAGUCAGUGCGACUACCUCGCAUUCUGCUCUUCAAGCAGAAGUCGAUUCCUUUCGCGAUAGAAAACGGCAGGAAGAUGCCUCUCGUCUGGAACUCAAACUACGGACGAAGACGUUGGACGACUCGAAGCGGGCGGCCGAGAGUGUCAAACGAGAAGCUGACAAACGAUACAAGGCGGCGGAAGCUGCUCGGGAUGAAGCAAACCGGCGAAUGGACUUUUUGGAUAACGAAAUUGCGCUUCUCACGAAACGUUUGGCUGAGGAUCAAUGCUUGAUCUCGCAAAGCGAUCCAGUCUCCGAGGCCGAACCUGGUAUCGUCGGUGCAUUAGAGGAACAGCGGCAGGAAAUCAAGGUUGCCGAAGAUGUUUUAUCCGCACUCAAUCUCAAGGCUCGUGAGUUGGAGGACAAGCUAUCCAGCGAGCAGGAGCGUCUCAAGCUUGCUCGCGAAAGAGCUGAGCUCAGAAAGCAAGAUCGCUCCUUCCAGCCGCAUCACGCGCCGUCUUCCGGUCCUUGGCCGACUGUUCCACGUAAUUUCUACGACUCCAGCAUACUGAACAAGGAGAAGGGCGAUAGUCCCGCUAUGGAAUCGCCAGCACGGCGUUCCUCUGACCCUAAUGCUCUGCCGACGUCACCAAGACCAGCCAAGUUGGCGUUGGACAGCAUUUCCAAUCUCAACAGCAGACACACCGUUCAUUCCUGGGCGAGAGCUUCUCGGUAUUCCCACUUCGACGAUACAUUCUUGAACCAGCACUUGCCGCAUGCUUUCAGCAACUUCUCUCCCUUUGGUGACUCGCACUCCCCGGCAUUGAUGUCACCGACCAGUCAAUCUUUGAUACCGUCCAGUCUGAUCUCUUCGUUAGACAGCAGCGACGGGAUUUCACGCUCGUUCCACUCCGACAGCGAUCCCAUUGUCGAGAUGGAAGGCCGUCAGCUCGCUAUCGACACCAGGAGCAGUCCCAUCUUCGGACCAUUGACUAUGUCUCCUACGGCGCUGACUGGCCCGUCAUUGGCCUCGCCCGAGGCUGCCAUCAAUUUGCCGCCGAUCGCAAUCGAGAAGCCCACCGGACGGCGGUGGUUCAGUGCACGGGAUAAGGCUAAGAAGGGUCUGAACCCUGACGCGAAGGAGUUCAGUCUGCCGAGCAAAGCAGCGACGUUCGAUGCACUAAAUCCCAAUGGACUUUCUGGGGCGAACAUGAUCGCACCCGCCUCGGCCACCCAUUCCCUUAUUCGUGCAUUUGCGCCUUCGCCAGCCGAGCGUGAGGCUCUGCAACGGGCGUUGGGCGGGUCGACGAACACGAGUUUGGAGCGUUUGCCGAGUCUGGGGAGCAUACCAGCUUCGCCAGCCCAUGUGCCCGCCGUUGCAGCUGGUGGCGAUGGUUUCCGGGCUCUUCCCUCGUGGCUGACAUCCUUGCCUCGUAUUCGCAAGCCCAAUUUUAGUCCGUGGGACGAUGAAGAAGUGAAAGAAUAG